AUGGCGACUGGGAGGAGUCAAAAGGGGGCAGUGUUGAAUAAGGAGCUAGACUUUGCUCGGCUGACCAUUCAUAUGCAGCAAAUAGAAGAGAAGGAAAAGAAAAUUUCAGAAGCAAGAGAGAAAGACAGAGCCCCAGAUACUCAGUCACAGGACAGUGUGGCCCAACAGCAUCAUACUCAUCCACGGUGCGACACUUGUGGGAAGAAUCACUCAGGGAGGUAUUAUUUUGAGGGGAGGAAUUGUUAUACUUGUGGCAAGGUGGGUCACUUUCAGAAAUAUUGCCCUUCUACUGGAGGAAAUGCGUGGGGAACUAAGCCCCAAGCCACGUUCACAGCUCCUCCUCAUAAGGGUGCUCCUUCAGCUGCCGGGAACAAUCACAACCGGUUAUAUGCUUUGACCAACUGCCAGGAGGCAGAAGUUCCCCCAGAUGUUGUUACCGGUACAUUAUAA